AUAUAUACGAAAUGAACGAAAUGACUCGGAAAAAGAUUCGUUCAUUUUGCUGUACGAGUUUCAAAGAUCCGAGUCAGUAAAAUGAUCCGAACUUCCCAUCACGAUUCCCUUGUGACUAUUCGACGAGAAAUCGGUGCGCAUGCGCAGUGCAGGUGCACGCAGCUCGGGCUUGUGACAGCUCCCAUUUCCUCAUAUGAAACACUGGCUGAAUGGAUUUGGGUGGAGAGUGAGAGCUAGUGACGUCCGAAGCGAGCAUCAGUUUGCAUUUAAGAUUUUACAAACCGACUCCACCUGCUCCAAAAGAAGCAGUCCUGAACCGACACAUCUGUUUUUAAGAGUCUGUCUAAAUCUGGAGAUGGAUUUAUAUGGGAAGAUGGCUGCCACUCAAGAUGGCAAACAGAAAGAUAACUCAGAUCAAAACUUUGACUACAUGUUCAAACUGUUAAUCAUCGGGAACAGCAGUGUUGGUAAAACGUCAUUCCUUUUCCGCUACGCUGAUGACUCAUUUACAUCAGCUUUUGUCAGCACAGUGGGGAUCGACUUCAGGGUCAAAACCGUGUACAGGAAUGACAAGAGCAUCAAGUUGCAGAUCUGGGACACAGCAGGCCAGGAGCGCUACAGGACCAUCACUACAGCUUACUACCGUGGAGCCAUGGGAUUCAUCCUCAUGUAUGAUAUCACUAACGAGGAAUCUUUUGCUGCUGUGCAAGACUGGUCAACUCAGAUUAAGACUUACUCCUGGGACAAUGCCCAGGUGAUCCUAGUUGGAAACAAAUGUGACAUGGAGGAGGAGAGGAUAGUGUCCGUGGACAGUGGAAGACUCCUGGCAGAACAGCUGGGUUUUGAGUUCUUUGAGACAAGUGCAAAGGACAAUAUUAACGUCAAGCAGACUUUUGAGUGCCUGGUGGACGUUAUCUGUGACAAAAUGGCUGACAGCCUUGAGACCAACCCUGCUGAAACCACCGGAACACCCACAACCAAACUGAGUGACAACGCCGUACCGACCCAGCAGUCCGAGUGCAGCUGCUAGUGAUUCCUACCCAGGCUGUGUGUGUAUGUAUGUGUGUGUAUGUAUAUGUGUGAUUUCUGUGCUG